UGAACUUUCGCCACACCACAAAAGCUGCGCAAACAAACGUUUGAGCAAUCAGUAGCGCAUAAAAAUAAAUUUCAGAUUUCGUUUAAAAAUAAAUUACAGAUUUCGCACAAAAUUUUCAAAAAAGAUUAACAAAAAAUAUAGACAACAUGAAUCACCUGUCGCCACCGCUAACGCCGCAUUCACAAAAACCAGCACAAUCGCCUUCGCUGGCCGCCUUUGCCAAUUCGGCGCUGGAUGUGAAUCUCGGCUCUACGAAGAGCUGGCUACAAAACGCAUCGGCAUUUAAUUCCGUCAUCGCGUCGGCGCAGAAAUUGAAUAAUCUUCCCUUUCCCUACAACUCGCUCUUCUACUCCAGCGUUUUAUGGCCACAAUUUCUACUCUCCUCCACCACAACAGCGCUCGGCACGCCCACCACACCAACCACGCCCCACUCACCCACAUCGUUCAUAAACAAUCGCGACUAUUCGCUCACACCCGAAAAGGAUCAGGAGAACGCACAGCUGCCACCACAGCCCGAUGCCAGCCACAGUGAGGAUAUGCCGCUGAAUCUGUCACUGAAACAAGCAACUUGCCUGAAACAGUUGACGCGCUACCAACACGUCGCACAAAAAGACGAAAGCAGCGGUGAAUCUGAGCUAAACGCCUGCACGCCUGCAAGCGUUGACAUUGUCAGCACGCCGCCGCCACUGCGCGCUGUCAAUCUCAAAGUCAACGCCAACAGCGAGCAAACCGCGCUCAACAAAUUGGAGCCGCGUUCACCGACGAAACGGCGCUCGCACGGCACGAUCAUCUGGUCGCCGGCGAGUAUGUGCGAGCAAACGGAAGCGCGCGAAUGCGCAGCCGCCAAUACGGAUUACAGCGGCACAUAUGCCGUCGAUCCGAUUGUGCGUAAAUUUAAGUACGAACGACGCGCCAGCUAUCCGCGACGCUUGAACGGUGAUAUCGCGCUGCAAUCGCCACUCUCCUCCACCGCCGCGUUGGCCACACAAUUCAAUGCGGCCGCCGUAGCCGCUGCUGCACGCGCGCAGGAGCUGAAAGCGGCCAAUUUGGAGAUGGAAGUCGCACAACAACAAAUCUAUGCGCAUCGCAAUGCCUUCAUGGCCGGCCUGGCGACAGGCAACAAUUUCGAAAUGUUGCAAGCGCACCUCAAGGAGCUGCAGAAUCGCGCUGAUGCCUUUGUGCAGAAUAAUAACAACAACAAUAACAACAACGAGCAUGCAAUGCGCAGACGAAAUACCAGUCGGCUGGACAGAGGUGGCAGCUACGAUAGCCACGAUGACGGUAUGGAGCACAUGAAAACGGAAGAAGAUGUGGAUAUGACAGAGGAAGCGAGCCGUUACUCGCUAAAUAAUUCGGCUUCAAUGCAUGAGCAGCAGCAGCAACAACAGUUGCAACAUUAUGUUGCACAACAACAGCAACAGCAUCCGGACUCGACCGCGAUCAUUAGCGCAGCAGAUGUUCAUCAACGCUCAUACAGUUGCAGCAGUGAGGGUGAGAGCGAGAAGCGGGGGACGCGCAACUUUCAGUGUAAGCAAUGCGGCAAAUCCUUUAAGCGUUCGUCGACAUUGUCCACACAUUUGUUGAUCCACAGCGACACAAGGCCUUAUCCAUGUCAAUAUUGCGGCAAGCGUUUCCAUCAAAAAUCCGACAUGAAGAAGCACACAUACAUACAUACAGGUGAAAAGCCACACAAAUGCACCGUUUGCCUGAAAGCUUUCAGUCAAAGCUCCAAUCUCAUCACACACAUGCGCAAACACACCGGCUACAAGCCCUUCGGCUGCGGCCUCUGCGAUCAAUCGUUUCAACGCAAGGUCGACCUGCGUCGCCACCGCGAGAGUCGGCACGAGGAGCCAUUGGCGCCGGUGAAGAUGGAGGUGAGCAGCAGCAGUUGCUGAAGACACGCCUAUGGACCGUUAACGGUCCAGCGCUAUAACGAGACUGGUAGUUUUGUGUUUACGCCGCAGCGCUGGGAUACCUUAUGGAUCGGUUAGCUGUGUGUGAGCUCGAAUUAAAAGUAUGACUAAGCGAAUUUUAGACGACAUAUAUAUGUAUAUAUAAAUAAAUAUAUAUAUAUAUAUAUAUAUAAAUCGAUUGCAUAUGCUUGCUCUGCCGCAGUUGUAUGUGUGACUUUUGUGGGCAUCGAGGAACAAUUAGGUUUAGUACGCACGUCAAGUAUUGUGUGGUCCCAGUUGGUCUGUUUAAAAUACUAAGUCGUUUAAGCCAAAGUUUUCUGCACACUAUUUUAUUUAUUAAGUCGUUGCAGUACAUAAGUUUUAUAUAAGAAAUACUUGUAAUGAAACUUUUCUAAGCCAGUGAAUGUGUGUCGGUGUGUUGAUAUAGCCUUUGAUAAGCUAAGUAUUUAAGUGUUGGCCUUAAGCAAAUAAGUACAGAAUUAGAAAAAAGUAAAAUUAAUUUAAUAAUUAGUGUUAAGGAAAUUGACUUGUAUUCGUUUGUUUGUUAAUUGGACUAUUUCUGCUCACUUAUUGUUGCUCAAAUCAUUGAAAAUUUUACUUAUAACAAAUCGUCACUUAGAAUGCCAAAAAACAAUGUAUCAUCGAACUCUUCGAAAUAGAGUUUUUUACUUACUUCGAAAUAGUAUUUUUAUUAUCAUAAACUUUUAAGCCUCCGCUGGGAAGAUGUAACCAACAUAUAACCACUUUAUAACCAAAAGGUGAG